CACCAGCCAGGGUCGACGGCCGCUAUCUGCUAGCCGUACCAAGGCUCGCACCUCCACGGCUCUUUGUGUCGCCUGCUGCGGCUUCGACCAAAGCUUCUCCCGACUAACUCCCUCCUUCACACCUGGGCAUACCGAGAUCCGCUAGCACCUCGUGUUCACCUCGUCCAACAUGGCCUCCGCUUCCUUCCGCGACUCGAUGAACUCGCUCGGCUGGAGCAGGAGAGAGGCAGACGCGCCCAUCAACACCGCGCCGCCCUCCCUGCUCGGCCGCAUCCAGAACCUGAAUCCCUUCGGCGAGGGUGGCUAUGUUCGACUCCCCAUAACAGAGAGCAACCCUGGCGCCCCUCUCCCAGCGCCUACCCGCAGAGAGGAGGAAGAGGGCUGGUUUGCGCUGAGUCGGUGGGACCGAUUGCUCGUCUUUGGUGGGCUGCUCCUUGCUGCCUUGGCAAUGUUUGCUACUUGUAUUGGCCUGAUGUUCACGCCUGUCUUUUUGCUCAGGCCGCGCAAAUUUGCCAUCUUAUGGUCCAUGGGAAGCGUUCUCUUUUUGGCAGCUUGGGGUGUCCUCAUGGGCCCUAUGCAAUACGUCCAGCACCUCAUUUCUGGUCCGAGGCUUCCGUUCACUGCUGCUUACUUCGGCAGCAUCACUCUCACACUCUUCUUCUCUCUAGGUCUCCACAGCACUAUCCUCACCUUCGUUGCGGCUAUCGCCCAACUAGUAUGUCUAUUAUGGUACAUCGUCUCGUAUUUCCCGAUGGGCUCCACGGGCCUGCGGUUUGCAGGACGCUUUGGCGCAAGCCGUGUGACAGCUUGGAUGAACGACUGAGUUCAUUGAUCUGUGCAUUACGAAUCCUAUCUUGGCCAUCGUGGCUAUGUUACACUGUACAUACAAGUAGGUCGACGCAACGCGCGUCAAGAA